GAGAGAGAGAGAGAGAGCGAGAGACAGACAGAGAGAGAGAGAGCAUCAAGGCACCAUCAGAGCAGGCUCCACCAUCCACAGACUGUGAGGUACAAGUGCCACAAGGAGACUAUAUUCCGCGAUAAUAAUGGAUGGGACAAAGCCGGCCAUGGAGUCCAACGCAGAGGAGACUCAGGACGAGGGGCAGGAGAGCAAAGGAUGCUUCGAGUGCUGCAUCAAGUGUCUGGGCGGGGUGCCCUACGCCUCCCUGGUGGCCACCAUCCUCUGCUUCUCAGGCGUGGCCCUGUUCUGCGGCUGCGGCCACGUGGCGCUGACCGGCACCCUGACCAUGCUGGAGAUCCACUUCUCCCGAAUCACAACCGACCACGCCACCCUCGCCAUGGUGAUCCAGAUCUUUCAGUACAUCAUCUACGGCAUUGCCUCUUUCUUCUUCGUCUACGCCAUCCUCCUGCUCGCCGAGGGCUUUUACACCACCAGCGCCAUCAAGAAGGAGCUGCAGAGCGACUUCAAGACGACCGUGUGCGGACGCUGCAUCACCGCCUUCUUCAUGUUCCUGACCUACAUCCUCUUCCUGGCCUUCCUCGCCAUCUUCGGCUUCACGGCGAUACCCGUUUUCCUCUUCUUCAACAUGUGGAACACCUGCGCUGCCAUGAGGUCUCCCGACUCCAACAUCACCGCGCCUGACUCCAUCUGUGUGGACGUAAGGCAGUAUGGUAUUAUUCCCUGGAACGCCACACCGGGAAAAGCUUGUGGAGCCACACUGGGAGACAUCUGCAACACCAGCGAGUUCUACCUCUCCUACCACCUCUACAUCGUUGCGUUUGCCGGCGCCGGAGCCACCGUCAUCGCAUUGACCCACUACCUGAUGAUUUUGGGGGCAAACUGGGCCUACCUGAAGAGUGCUGUCUCCACGCACGAGUACCAGGACAUCAAGACCAAGGAUGACCAGGAUCUGGAGGCCGAGGCGCGCUCCAAGGAGGGCCAGAACUCCUCCUCCUACUCAUAAGGACAAGGGAUCCUCUACUGCCACCGACCCAUCUCCUCUCCACACCUCAAACCCCGCCCCCAACCCCUGCAACACCCAGCGCCCACCCCUCCCUCAGUUAAAACAAAACCACCUCGGUCAUGUUUGAUAGUCCCCCCCCCCCAAACCGCCUGAUCCUCUAUCCUCUUCCCCUCUGCAAUGUUUAUUCAGAGUUGUGAGCUCACAGGGGAGGGAAAGAGGAUAGAGGAUCAGGAGAAGCAUCAGGCCCAGGUGGAGGCAGAUGCUUCAGAACGGGAGAGCUCGCCCGGCCGUCCGGGUGGAGCUCAGGUACGCUACAUCAGUUCAGAAGCGUCUCCUCCCCCAUGCUUUUUGGACGGCGGCUCGUGAACGAGGCCCGGCCGUGAUGGCCUCGCGCCCUGAGCCAGCACAGCCUCUUGACACACAGCUCCUAACAGCCUAAAAAAACAUUGUUCGCUGUCUGCUUCAGCCACAGAGAAGCCAGGCAGCGACCAACUUCCUCCGUUUUUUGGUGUUUUAUAUGCAUAUAUAUAUGAAUAUGAAUUUAUUGUGCGAAUGUGUAUGAAUGUUUUUUUUUUUUUUUUAAUACUCUCGGAAAAGAAUGCCUGGUACUAUUAUGAUCUUCUUCUUCUGUUUUUGCGCUCAUGGGUUUUUCUCCUUUACUUUCUUCUCCAUCUUAAGACUUUUUAUUACUAUUGAUCCAUACAUUAUUGCACUAUUUCAAAACAAUUAUAAUAAGGGAGAAUAAAAAUCUUUAAAAAAAAAAAAAAAACCUAAAGCACCCUUGCCCCUCGCUCUCAUACUUUCUAAAAAAAAGAAAACUCGAACCAUGUUGUAUCUCAAGGAUUUUUUUUUUUACAUUCACAUGAGCAGAGUUUAUUUAUCCACCGGGUUUUUUUUACGAUAAUUUCAGACCAGAGGUGUAGCAAACCUUUAACAAAUAAAAAAAAGUUUUGGUAUAUUCACUUGUACGUUCUCUUGUCGAGGGAAAGAUGUGAAGACAGAUGCCACUCUCACGCUCGGAAACGGAAAGCUACAGCUAGCUUUGGUUAGCUUAAAGACUGGAACCAGCAAGCAGGGCUCUGGUUAGAGGUGACAACACUUUUUAAUCUCACUAAAAAAACAAGUUACGUUCACUUUUUAGUUCAAAUGAGGGGUAAUAAUGGAUUUAAAGUGUCUAAAAAUUUUAAUUCUGGUUGGGCGUUUUUUGUUUUGGAUUUUGAAAAUUUCAACAACAAAAACAAAUCAGAGAAUCAAAAGAGACUCGAGUACUUUGAGUUUUCUGUUGUAUCUUUCAUCACGCUGAUUUACACAAGUCUGAUUUACAAAGUGUUUAAAAGUUGGAUUGUGGAUUCGCACUUCACAGGUCAAACUUUACGUUAGCUUGCGCACUUCAAAAAGGCUCUGAUAGCGCGUAAAAUCACAACCUGUUGUUUUCACACUUUGGUUUCUCUGGGAAAAAAACAAUAGAUUGAUAACCUGUUUCGAAGUACUUAAUAAGUACUUUCAAACAAAGCUUUGCUAGCUGUUUCCACAUUUUUGGAUGUCUAAGCUAAGUUUACCAAACUGGCUGCUUCCGUUAGCUUAAAGUGGUAUCAAUCUUCUUAUCUAACUCUCAGCGAGGGAGAGAAAACGGUGAUUUCCCAGUGUUUUAUACUAGUUUCCUUUGAGAUCCUUAAAGUUUUUGCUACACUUAACACCAGCGACCGCAGAAAUCAAUGAUAGUCUAGAUCUGUCUGGGUUUUUUUUUUUGUUUUUAAAAGACACACACCUCAGGAAUCAAACCAAAUCUGAUUUUAGCCAGUUGUGUUCUUUCCUAAAGCUUCACCGUGUUACCACUAACCCUUAUCUGACUGGAACGCUGUUUAAAUAGUGAAAAACCAACAAUCAUUCCCUACAAUUGAUCCUUUAAUGAAUAAAAUUCACCUGUAAAUAGCUGAAUCACCCUCAAAAAUCUCAAUGAACACCUCUCCCAAAAUGAGAACACAAUCAGUGUUUUGCCAUGCUGUUCUAUUAUUAUUUUUUUCCACAGAUAUAUGUAAAUGUUCCCUUUGAGAUAUGUGUUUAGCACUCAAAUACUAGUUCUGCAUUUGAUAUAAUAAUUGUAUUGUAACAUCUUAAAAGAUAUGUCGUGAGAGGGAUGCAGUGCAGUCAUGAUAUGAUGGAUUGAGGUGCUUGUGACGUAUACAUUUUUAAAAACGUGAACAAAAAAAAAUAUGGAGUUAAUUUUUAAUGUUUUAUCAGUUUUAGGCAGCUGAGCUCUUGUGAUUCAGUAAUUAUGAUUUUAUUGAUCUGAUUUGUGCUUUUUUUUUUUUUUUUCUUUGGUUCAAUGGCCAGCCAAAUAAGUGACUCAUCAACAUGUGAGUUGAGGGAAAAAAAGUCACUUUUUGUUAUUUUAUUUUGUACGUCAUGCCUCUCAUAUGAGCCACAGAGACUGUUUUGGAUGUUUACACUCUGAAUUAAAACAAGUCAGGAAUUUUCAUACAUUCAUUUUAUAACCAGACAUUGUUUAAUGAUCAUGAACUAUAUUCUAUAUCGGUCAUCACUGGUUAGUUUACCCUCAAAAAAAAAAAAAGAAUAACACUGAAGAAGACACAUUUUUGAACUUUAAUGAGAUGAAGCAUGUCAGUAUCGUCCAUGUGUGCAGCUGUCUAUUCUGUAUAAAAAAGGACUAUAUUGCCAUGUGUGUUAUGUUUGAUAAAUAUACGUGCUUUGCCGCCAGGUUGAUGUAAAGGCAAACUUCAAUUUCCUAUAAGACGAUGCGUGUCAGGGUGUUGUUGUUUCCUCGUUAUUUGCAUGAAGGAGACAUGACUGUGUCUUUGCAGUUUUUCAGGUGAUGUGUAGUCAAUCGUACUGACAACUAUGGUAGGCGGUGUUUGACCCCCUCCUCCACAAACCCCCCCCCGCCCCCCCCAACCCUUUCCACCCACUCUUUUCUAAAGAAAACUCCAUUGUACUUUGAUGGCAUUGUAGUCCCUGUAGGUGUUUCAUUAUGGUUUUAUUUUUUAAGUUGGAAAUAGUUCUAUGACUCCUAUAUAGUGAUGAUUUUUGUAACCUUCUCUAGUAAAACCGAUAUUUUUUAUUAUCGUGA